UUAAAUAUUUUCUUGAAUAAACUCAUCCUCCUAAAUGAGAAGAGUUAAUCAUGAUUCCUUCGGAUAUCAUAAUUCAUACGGAGAUACUAGCUCCAGGCAUAACGGUGCUAGGAGGAACAUAAAUCAACAGAUAAAUGUGGGAAAUCUCGAUAGUAUGAUCUCUUCUAGUCAUGUAGAUGAAAAUGGCCGCUCGAGUUUAAAUGAUGCAUCUGAUUAUAACAUAGAUGUAACCGAAAGUCAAGAAGCACCUGGCAUCAACACAAAUUCAUCUGUUUUCAAGCAGUCUUUUGGCCAUAAGGCCUCUAAUAUGCCAAAGACUAAUGCUAUGGGGGACAAUAACCCUUUUACCGCAUCAAAGAAUGACAACACUCAGUUUCCAAAUAUGUCUCCAAUAAAGUCUGGAAAAGUUAGUGAUCCUGAGACUUUAAGGGCAAGUGAUCUUGAAGCAUUAAAUGCACCAUUUGGAGCCCCAGUUUCUCCAAUUGGCCAGAAUUCUGCCAAUAGGAAAUUCGGGUCUAAAACAUACAGACAAGCCACAGGAGGUAUGUCAGAUCCUGACGAAGGAGCAGACGAGCUUAUCAUCAGAGAUAGCGACGAUAUUAUCCGAGGAAGAGAUCGGCUUAGAGACGAUAAAAGCCCUCAUGACAGAAAUGCCAGGCCAAGAUCCAGUAUAAUGAAGAAGGAAUGGGCAGCUAAUCAGAAAGACUCUGAACUCUCCUCUCCAAAGCAAGUUACAUUUGCUCGUGGCACUAAAUGACACUUAGAACCUCAAGAACUUGAGGAUAAACUCCGACAAGAAAUCAGGAUCAAUGAUAGCAGAAUAAAAGAAAGCAAUUUUUCUAAAGAAAAUAAAGUAUCUUAUGAAAAUGACCAGCCAAACCAGAAAAAGGAGCACAUAAGUGUAGCUGAGAGCGAUUACAAAGAGCGAGCAAAUUUCCAAAAUCAGUCCGAAAAUGUCCAAGAGAUAGACCCUCAUAUGAAAGCAGAUUAUGACAGAGACUAUACUUUCAGAGAUAGAAAAAGGCACGAUAAAAACGAUACUAAUGCCAGACAGAUUGACAGAGGCUAUCACCCUCACCAAAUCGUAGAAUCUCGGAAUGAAUACGAAAAUAGCCAGAGACCUGAAUUUGGAAAUGGUAUCAAGAUUCGACUCAGCAGAGAUGAAGAUUUAGUAAGAGAAAACCCUCAUCAACUAAAGUCUGGCUAUGAACUAGCUCAAGAGCAGGAUGUAAAGCAAGUCCCAGUCCGCCGUACCAAAAGAAGAAUAAGCAUUGAUCAACAAUACGAUUAUGACAAGAAGGUUGACUAUCUUUCAGAAUAUAAGGAACGAAAGAAAGCUUCUCUUGACACAGACCAAAGCCUCAGAAUGAAAGUGGAUUCUUCCCAUGACUACAACAGGACUAGCGUAGAAAGAAGGAAUAAUGAGACCUUUCGCACACAAAUAGACCGAGAAAAUGAAUCAAAUGUUCAAGUUCAUCAACCAAGGAUGGCAGAAAGCAGGAGACAUCGUGAUAUAGGAAGGGAAAUUAUUUCUCCUAAAGAUGGUCGUCAGAAUGAAAUUAACCCUCCUAAAAAUGACUCUUUUAGAAUAGCUAACUAUCAUAAGCCUACCCGAAGAAUAAGUUCAGAUGAACUACGUUUCAGUGGAGAAGUUACCCGAGAAGAAUUUGAGGAAAGAGAAGACAUCUCUUCUACAGUGAAAAACGAAUCUUAUAAUUUUGGAAAAAGACUUAGGUCAAAUGAAAGACUUAGCUCAAGAGAAAUAGAACUCGAACGGGAAAAGAUCAAGCCAAACCCAGAACCAACCAUGAAUAAACCUCAAAGAUCUCUAAUGGACAACCAUACUAUUGAAAACAAGAUCAGAAAAGUUCAUGUUGAAGAAAAUCCUCCUACAUCUUUUGGGAUGCGUAGUAUAAUCAACAAGCAGCAUAAAAAGCAACAUUUUCCAGAAAAUAAAGAUAUCGAAAAUACUGUGCUACCAAUGACCUCUUCUCGAUUAGAAGAGUCAAGAAAUGAAAACUCUGUGUUUAAAACUAUGGAUAACUCUAUUAGGGAAAGAUCUCCCUUCAAUAUGUCUAACCAGUCAGAUAUGUCCUACAAAAAGGAGAUCGUACAGACAAGGAGAUCUCCUCAGAGAAUGCAUAGAGCCAUGGAAGAUAUUUCAGAUAGCUAUAAUCGAGAAGACAUUAUUACCACUCAAAGAUAUCCAAACUCAAUUCCUAAUGAAGCUCAUAUUCAAGAAGAGAUUUAUUAUCCAAGAGGUAACUCCCCCAGGAGAAUACAAGAGGGAUUCAACCAACCUAGAGAAAGAGGGCCAGAAAUUGUUCAUAAAAGAGUGCCUCAAAAGCCAAGAGAAAUCCAAUAUUCCAGCCCUGCUAGAUCUACUAGGAAAUCUCCCUUAAGAAGGGAUUCGAGCAGUAUCCAAGAAAUUGAAUAUACAAGCCCAAUGAGGACUUCUGAUAGAAGACAGAGCCCUAUCAGCAGAGCGUCUCCAAGAAGUAGACCCUCUCCUCGCCGGAGUCCUGGGCGAUAUCAAAGUCCUGGACCUAGGCAGAGUUCUCCAAGAGAGAGACCUCUAGGAUCUCCUCCUAGGGAGAGAAAGAAGCAUGAUCCAUCGACUGAAAACAACAUAAUUUCAAGAUUUAUUUCAAACAAGAUGAUUAACAAAACAGUUGAAGAUCUCGUAUUUGAGCUAGUGCCUGAAUUUUACGAAGAAUCAAUGAAUCCAAAGAGAAAAGAUACUAAAAUCCCUGUGAAGCCUAGUCAAAGAGUCUCAAACGCAAUGACUCCUAUCCACGGUGGCAAGAAGUACAUGAGUGUGGUAGACACAAUGGUCAAUGAGGAUGACGACUCUGAUAUAUGCGAUACUGAUGAAGGCAUCAAUGCUAAUAGAAUUGUCGAGAGCAUGACUAAGAAAGAAACUAAGAAUAAUUAUGUCAAAAAGAGAGAAAUAGACUCACUGGGUAUUAAAUUUGAAGCUCCUAAAAGAAUCAAGGGAGUAAAAGGACUCCCAUACCAAGAUAAGGACAACUAUCCAAUGAUUGAUGUCAGGUCUAGAGAUACCUUUGACAAUCCCCAGAUCUGAGAUGUAUGGUGAUCAGAAUGAUUCGACCAUAUCACUGAGGGAGAAGAAGAAAAACAUCUCAAAAUAUGAAGGCCUUUUACUAAGACCUCUGAAACAGUCGAUGAAGAUGGGAAUGAAAUUGAAGAUUUACCGCAUGUUAAUGAGAAGAUAUUUAAGGUCUCCAAAGCUAUUACUCAGCACCUCUCAGAUGUGAUGAAAACAAAUGCUGGCAUCUUUGACGAGACUGUUGAGAUAAGAUUCCUUAGAACUUUGAGGCAAAAGGCUGAAGACAUUGAAAAGAACAAUAAAAAUCUCAUCGCCCAGGGGCAGAUGCAGGACUCAAUAAACCAAAUAACUUAUGAUUCCAAGAAUAAUCGUGAUCUUCACUGGGUCUUUGUGUUCUCAAAAAGACUUGGGAAGCUAACCGGUGAUAAACUCGAAAUCAUGGAAAGGAUUGACCAAGAGAACAAAAUUAAAAAGCAAGAAAUUCAGCAAAUUAGGAGCACAUUCAUCGAUAAGGGAUCCCUCCGCUUAACGACUAUAAAAGACAAAGCCUCUCAAAGUAUCAACUAUGAUGAGGUUAAGUCAGUUAUGAUGUCUCCAUAUCGUGCAAAAGGAGAGACAGUUGUAGACUCAAGAUUUGCUGAUCUAAACAUUAAGAAGAAAAACAGAACAGUCAAGAGAAUUAAUAACUCAGGCUCUUUUAGCAAGCUACCUAUUUAAAUUUUGAAGAAUUACAAAAAUUGCUCAAUUUUUAAAA